AGUUGAUUGAAAUGUCAAAUAAUUGUCUCAAUCUUUUUUUGUUUACAAUUUCAAAUAUAAAUAAUGUAUAGUGAAGAGGAAAACGAUAGUGUUUUCAACUUGAUAACUAAUCUUUGUGAAAAAUUUCAUAAUGAUCCAAGAGAUAUAAAAUUAGCAAGAACAAGAUGUUACGAAAUAUUAUUAGAGAAAAGAGUUUCCGAAUGCAAAAAAGAUUUUCAGGACCUAAAAGGAAUGGCAGAUCCUUAUUGCAAUUUUUUAUCAUGGGAAUUUCAGCUUAUUCAUGAAUAUAAUAUGAAAAAUCAUGCACAUGAGUUGAAAACAACUGUAGAAAAUGUUCGGCAAUGUUAUAAAGACGUUCCAGAUGAUUUUAACAGAAUACUUCAAUUUUUAAUGGCUCUAAGAAAUGUGCCUACAAAAAAUGAAAAUAUAUUGGAUUUAUCGUCUUUGCCACCUAUAAAAGAUUUUGAAAAUUUCAAUAAAAUGUUCCAACUACCAUAUUCGCUCAAGAAAGCUUUUAAUACAAAGGAAUCUUCUCAAACAUGUGAUACUAUUCAGUAUACAGAUGCUUCAAAUGAUAAUAUAGUUAUAAAAAACUCCACAUUUAAUGAGUUAUUCAAAGAUGAAGGGUAUGAAUCUCCGAGCAAAACUCCGGAAGAUAUUUGGGAACUGGCCUCAAAAUUAAAGUACAGUACUAGAAGGACAUGGGAAAGUUUCGGGUAUCCAGAACCGGAUAAAGAACCUCCAUUUAUGUCAGAGCUCGGAGCUCUAUCUUCUCUUUGGGUUGAGAAUUUGGAAUCAUUGUAUAUGUUCAGGCUAUUUAAAGACGGUGCAGUAUUUAAUACUAGAACGAUACCUCGGAAGGAGUUUAUAAAAGAUUUAAAAUGCUUAUUAGUUGGUUUGGCUUCAGAAUCAUUCGGUUUUGAUGAACUCGGUCAGUUUUAUUUAGUUCCCGGUAUUAGUGUCGAAGCAAUAACCCCAGAAGCAUUAACACAUUAUUGCAAAGACUUAAUUUUUACCGGUACUUGUUGUAAAGCAUUAAAUAAGUUGAGCACUCUAAAUAUCGAAACAGGAAAGUACAAAUACCAAGGAUACGUAUAUACAGAAUUUUGUGAAAGCGUUAAUCGUUACUUAAAAUUUUAUCAAACGGCCGUUUGUAGCAUACCGGAUUCAGUUAAAUUUUUGCAAUUUCACGAAAAAACUUAUCAACUCCGAUUACAAGUAAAUACUUUGGCGUCCGUAUGUAAAAUAGGACCAUACACAGUUUCCGAAGAGACUGAAAAUGGUGUAGCCUUAUUAAAUUACUUAUAUCACAAAGUGUUGAGCUUAAACAAUGAGAAAGUAAUUUACGUUCUUUAUUCGAUUUUGUAUCCUUGUUGUCAAGUUUAUUUUAGUCGUUUUCUGAAACAAUGGAUUUUAGAAGGAACACUAAAUGAUCCUUAUGGAGAAUAUUUCAUAAUAGCCAAUCCAAAAUAUAUUGUUUCGAGAGGAAGAACAUACUGGACGAGAAGCUAUGGUUUCAAGGAAGAUAUAAUACCCGAUUUUCUUGUUGAUUUGAGAUCGGAUAUUCUUUUAUGUGGAAAAUCAAUGAAUUUAUUAAAGAAUUGUGCUCAUUCGAGUAAACUUCGUUUAUAUUUGAUGGGUAAAAAACCACCUAUAAUAUCAUGUUGCGUAACUUUGGAUCAGCUGUCAGCUCUACGUCAAAAUACAAUCAAUUAUUAUUUGGAUUUUUAUGAGGAGUAUGGAUCGAGAUUCAACAUAGAUGAAGUUUUGCUCAAAAAUAAUCAGGAACAUCCUAUUUUAUUGGGUUUAAUCGCCAAAAAGAGAGCAGUUACGCUGAAAAGAUUAGAAUUUGAAAGGGAAAAAGUAAUAUUAGUAGAAAAUGAGAAGAAGAUGGAAGAAAUGGCUUAUUUACGUGAGCAGUAUGACAGUGCUAUGGAACAGAAACAAAUAAGAAUAGCUAGAGAAAUUCAAGAAGAAAUUGUUCAAAUGGAAGAUAAUCUUAGAACAGAACUCAAAAGACAGAAUCUUGUUAAAGAAGAAGCAAAAAAGCUAAUCGAUUUCUAUACCAAACUGUGUGAAUCGGCCGAGGAGAAAAAAUACAAAAUUGAAACACACAUAAAAUCGAUUAAAAAUAUCACCAUUGAUAAAUUUGAAGAUCCCAUAGUAAAAGACGUUUCCUUAACACCAAUCACCAUAGAUAAAUUUGAAGAUCCCAUAGUAAAAGAUUCUUCCUUAACACAGGAAAAUCUGACUAAUAGUUCAACGGACAGUUUUUAUUCUAUUCCAGAAGAAGAAGGUACCAAAACAGGUCUGGAAACUAUUAAAGAAAAUACCAGAGAUAACGAAGAAGAAAAAAUUAAAGGUGCUCAAACUAUCGAAAUUGAAGAUUGUUUGGAUAUCGUUAACGCUAAUACGAAAACUGGAGAUGACAAUGCAAACAUCGAUACCAUUUCACCUGCCAUACAACAAGCCAUAGAAAAUUUUGAAAUGGCCAGAAAAAAUAAACUGAAAGUUAUGACACAAGAGUUGGGACUUGAGUGUACAGAGGAAAUUAAACUUCAACUUCCCACUACUAUUGAUGAUACUCAUCUAACUCAGGCACAAAAAAAUAAACUGAGAGUAUUAACUUCGGAAUUUGGCAUGGAAGUGGAACCGAACAUUUUUAGAACUCGUAUGUCAACUGCAGCUGCAAUCAAUAAAAAUAAAGUCUUAUCAUCAGAAAUUGGUACAGAAGUAACACCUGAAAUAAUUAAAACUCCAAUGGUAACCGCAGCUACCUUAAACCGAAAUAAAGUGAUGGGUCUUAGUGACUGUUUCGACUAUCAUUUGGAUAAUGAGAAUUUUUUAAAUAAAAAUGUCAGCAACGAAGAGAAUGAUAGAGUUUCCAGGAGCAACAGUAAAAUCAACACUGUUAAGAAAUCGAAGUCGCUAUCUUUGAAUUUAAAUCAGUUUUCUAAAAAAUCGAUCAAUUAUGAUACAGAUCGACAGAUCCCGAUGUCUGUGGAUUCUACACCAUUAAGUGACGUACCCUAUAGUCCAUUAAUAACACCAAGCACUGGAGUAUUUCGUAGUUGUGAUACUCCUCAAACCGACCUACAUACAUCUGAAACUCAACAAAUCGAAGAGGGUUUUAAUUUUAUCCAAAAACAUCAUGAAGCGCAAUCAGUGUUGCCUAUUUAUUUAAGUAAAAGUACAGAUCGCAUGCAAAAAAAUGUGUUUUCAAAAAGGGUUGACAGAAAACAGGUAUCCGGAGUUUUCACAAAUUCGUUGCGGUUAUUCUUACACGAAUGUGUUCAAAUACCACUUGUGACUCAAACUAAGUUAAUAAAUGGCGAAUUAUUAAGAUACUUCAUUGAAGAUCUUGAAUAUUUGAAACAUCUCUCAAGUUUAAGAGACUAUUUUUUUCUUCACGACGGAGAAUUCGGUAGGCAUAUCAACGAUAAUUUGUUUAAGAGACUUUACGAAGCUGAUUCACCAGCACAGCUUAUUAAUUGUCGUGCGCUACAAGAUUUAAUUUUCGGUGCUUUGGACAUGUCUAAUAAAAAUCAAAAAUUUUCUUCUAAUUUAUCUUUUAAGAUCAACAGUAUGCCAAACUGCUUUGAUUUGGGAAAUCCAGAUAUUUUAGAUUGUAUAUCACUAACUUACAAGGUUAGUUGGCCUUUAAAUAUUUUACUACCUACAGAUACUAUAGCAAAAUACGACGAAGUAUUUAAAUUUCUAAUGAAACUAAAUAGGGUAUCUUGGGUUCUGAAGCAAAUCUUUAUGGAAUUGAAGGUUCUUGCAAGAGAAACUGGUAAGAAAGAGAUAUAUCUAAUGGCCUCGCCGCAGUACAGAAAACUACAUCAAUGUCGACAUAUUAUGACGCAAUUCGUUCAAACUUUACAAAAUUACGUUGUAGGCGAGGUAUUACAAUCAAGUUGGUCGGUUUUCGAGAAAAAUUUAUCGAGUGUUACCAGUUUAGAUGAACUGUAUCAAACGCACACUACGUACAUAAAAAAUAUUUUAUUUAUGUGUCUACUAACACAAAAAAUGACAGCUCUCAAGAAUAUAAUCCACAAGACGUUCAUGGUAAUUCUGAAAUUUUUCGAUUAUCUACGAUCAAGAAAUUGGAUUUGUCAAGAUGGUGAUUAUGUUCAUCCGAAUUUCAAUAAAUUAAAGAGCAUUUUCAACAAUUUUCAGGAAUUUGUGUUGUAUAUGUUUAAAGUUAUAAGAAAAGUUGCUAAAUCGGGUUAUCAACCUCACUUACUUCAGUUAUUAGAAAUGUUGGACAUCAAUUAUUAUUUUACAGAAUCUCUUAAAGUUAAUACUGGUUAAAUUCAAUAAAAUUGUUUAUUAAUUUUUA